ACAGACAGUUGAGACUGAGACAGUGGUGCUUUUUGUUUACCAUUCCAUUGAAGAGGAGGAAAAGUAUUUUGUGACUCAACGGACCAACUACGCCAGGCAGCUUAUUGUGCAUUACUCAGCUGUCCCGAUAAUUAAUAUUCCAUGCGAAAUGUGCCUGGGAUUUGCCAAAUACUCCAGUGAAAGCAAUUGACCAUCAGUUAGUUAGUUAGUUUAGUCGAUGGUUUCGGCUGAAACCUAAAGUGUCAUCUUUUAGUUAAUUGAUAAAUAUUUAAUAAAUAUCCAGAAGUCGUCGUGAUAAAUAAAUAAAAUAAAUAAUACAAUAGGUCGUUGCACGAGAAUUCCAAUAAAUUGAAUGUGUCUGCUACACAACUAUUAGUAGAUAAUGAAAGAAAGGUACGAGUUUAUUUCGGAGUUUAUGAUUAGAAAAUAAAAUGAGGAUUAGCAAUUGCACAGUUUGGACGAUAGUAUAACUGAAGUGAAAGUUUGAGAGGGAGAGAGAGAUGUCAGACGACGAGGGGUCAGAAUGGCUAAUCCAUAUACUUAAAGAUGUUCAACUAGAACAGUUUUAUGUCAGGAUUAGAGAUGAGCUUCAGGUGUCAAGAAUUUCCCAUUUCGACUAUGUUACCCUUGAUGACCUGGAUAAAAUUGGAAUGGGAAAACCAGGAGCUCGUCGGCUUAUGGAAGCAAUUAAGAAACGCAAAAAUAAAAUCCGCAAUAAAAACUUGGUCCAGAAAAUUGUUCCACAGGCUAUUAGUCAACAGAAAUCCAAGACUUCGCUAAAUGCGAAUAAAAAGAAACGGUCGUCUAUAGAUAACUCUGGAACUACUACUCUAACAUGUCUUAUUCAAGAAAAGGAUUUAGAACUUGGUCGAAAGUUGGGAGAUGGUUCGUUCGGUGUAGUUUUGAUGGGGUCGUGGAAAACGCCAAUAGGGUCUGUGCUACCAGUUGCUGUGAAAGUUUUGAAGCAGGAUGCACUUGCAUUGCCAGGAAUUUUGCAAGAUUUUGUUAAAGAGGUGCAAUCAAUGCACCAUUUGAGACAUCCAAAUCUUAUCAGGUUACACGGUGUAGUUUUGAGUUCACCUUUGAUGAUGGUCACGGAAUUGGCCGAAAGUGGUUCCCUUCUCGAUUGCCUCAGAAAACAGUGUAGCCAUACUUCUUUAUUAGAUUUAUUUCGAUGGGCCCUUCAAAUUUCUUCUGGGAUGCAAUACUUGGAAUUGCAGAGAUGUGUGCACAGGGAUCUCGCUUGUCGGAACGUUUUUAUUUCGUCCAAAAGUGAGAUUAAGAUAGGCGAUUUCGGCCUAAUGCGUGCCCUGCCACAGGAACACGACUGUUAUGUGAUGACAGAAAGACAAAAAGUUCCAUUCCCUUGGUGUGCGCCUGAAAGUUUGAAAGCUAGACAGUUCUCUCAUGCAUCUGAUACUUGGAUGUUUGGAGUGACGCUUUGGGAGAUGUGGACAUUUGGCGAAGAACCUUGGAUUGAUUUGAAUGGGGCCCAAAUAUUACAAAAGAUUGACAAAGAGGGUGAACGCCUUCAUAGACCAGACGCCUGUUCUAGUUCUCUUUACGAUUGCAUGUUACAGUGUUGGGAACAUGAUCCAAAUGAAAGACCUAGUUUUGUAGCACUUAGAGCCUACUUAGCAGAAACUUACCCAUCAGAAAUGCAAGUUUCUCAAGCAUUCCACGAAGAAGGGGAUCGAGAGAAAUUACAACUCGAAGAUGGAGAUAAGGUUAUUAUCAUAGAUGGAAAGCCAGAUCAUUAUUACUGGAAAGGCCAGUGUUUAAGGACAUUCCAAGUUGGCCUGUUUCCUAGAUGCGUCGUAACACCACUGCGAAGAAGACAGCCGGACGAUAUUAGUGCUCCAUUACGAAACUCAUUCAUUCAUACUGGACAUGGAAGUGUGAGUGAAAAAAGCUGGGGAAGUCCCAGUUUCAUUGACGAAGUAUACUUAAAAAAUCCUAUGGAACCUCCUGAUCUAACUGGAAUUGUGGAAGAAAGUGAUGAAACACAGAGUGCACCAAAGUUACCAAGCAGAACUAGAAGGAUUCAACAAACUGUCACAAACAGUAUCCCCCCGUUGAGAAGCAUGCACAAAAAUCAGCAAUACGGCUAUUCCAAAUUCCAAAAUGAAUCUGGUACUGAAGUAGAUUGGUCACAAGUUCCUAAGCAAAACGUUGCUAUUCCAAAUCAUCAAACUCACACGCAUCAUUCAGUAGAAGGAAUUCUAAUUGAUCUCAAUGAGGGAAAUUCUCAACCACCAAACAUUCUUUAUUCCAAUGUGGACAUAUCAUUAAUUGGUGACUCUUCCUUUGAAUCAUCAUCACCAAAGGAUCGUAGACCAGUGCGACCACCACCACCAUUUUCAUCGAACAGUGCUGCUGCAAAUAACUCUUUCGGAGGACGACAAGCACCCAUGAGUCACAGAACGUCAACCGACUUGCUACCCGAAAAUUACAGAUCAGGAUCAAUCGAAAACACCUUUCACCCAAAAGUUCCUAAUCUAUAUGCAAACAAUUCCGAAGGUCAAAACACAUCGUCUACUAGGGACGUGUAUAAAGCUGCAGCAAGUUUGUACUCUGUGAAUACUGUGGAUUCUGCUGAAUGGUCUCAAUAUUCUGAAAACGAUUAUCCCUCACCAGAUCCUUUUGACACUGAAAGAAUUUUUGUUAGCCCUCCGAUUGAAAAUGGUACAAGAUAUUAUUCAUUCGUUCCCCACUCACCUGAAGGAUGCAACACUGACGAAUCUCAAUCAGCAUCUCAAAACCAAAAUGGUGCAAUCCCAGAUUGCGAGUAUGGGAACUCUCCAUCCUUCAACAUGUCAGCUGCUGGACAUAAUGGUUCUUCUACUACAAAUGGCAGCUUUGUAACGAAUCAUUGCAAUGAGUCGCCGACUAACAAAAUUGUCGUGAAGCCUCCAUUAGAACUUUUAAAGAAAAGAGACGAAGCUUUCUCAUGGCUGGAUGAUGCUCUUGGAGGACUAAGUAUAGGAUCGACGAGUAAAUCUUCGCCUUCACGUUCUAACACCUCUUCGAGUUCCAGAGCUUUGAGUGAAAUUGAAACGCAUUCCAUGAUUUACUCGUCUUCUGCAACAAGCAUCUCCAAUUCAUCUACAUUGAAUAGUGGAGAUGAGACUUGGGCAGGAUUAUCUCACUCGAAAAUAUUUUCUGGGUCGUCUACAGCGAACUCAUCAAAUAUUCAACUCCCAUAUGUUCUACCCCCACCUCCCACGAUAACCCGGAAUAAUUUAUCUCCUGGAAUCGGUAGUACUACGUCGAAACAACAAGGAUUAGUACUCCCAGCUUAUAGACCACCACCAUCUCCUCAGAACAGUCUGAAUUAUUCUUCAUCCUCAUCAUCGUAUGCUAUCCAGGGGAAUAAUUACAACGGAAUUAUGCAAGCUGCAGAUAUUCUAUCUACAAAUGUACCUGCAGCUUCUCGGUACGACAUUAUGACCGCUUUAAAGCAAUGUAAUGGGAGUAUUGCGGCAGCAGAAAGACUAUUGAAAGUGGGAGAAUUGUUCAAAUUAGGAAUUGCUGACAAAUCAAAAUGUGAAGUUGCUUUAACGAGAACACAGUGGAACUUAGAAACUGCAGCAACUGUUCUUUUGGAUAGUUGAGACUGAUGUUAUAUUACAGUAAUAAUACUAAUAAGUGUACCUUAGACUGAUAUGGUCGCUACCUUAAUUUACUUACAAUUAGUUAGAUGUUUACUCAAUACUUUAAAUGGAACGUAUAAAACCUCACAAUUAGCAUAAUUUAAAUCUUGAGAUAUAUAUGUAUGUUGAUAUAUUAAUGUGAUUUUCUAUAUCAUUUCUGAUAUUUGGUUAGUAUGACCUUUAAUUUUUUUAAGCUAAUGGAUUCGGAAAACUUGAUUAGGUCAGGCGUGAGUGAAGCCCAUAGCAUAAAUAUAAUCAGUUAAAUAUUGCUGAAGUAAAUGUUGGGCAUGAGAUCCGAAAAUAGAUAAUAUUGAAACUGUUAAAAUCAUCCUUGUAGAAUCUCGUUAAAUAAAUUGAAACUAUCUGCAUAUUCUAA